GUGUGUGUGUGUGUGUGUGUGUGUGUGUGUGUGUGUGUGUGUGUGUGACAGAAAGGGGGCGCUCUGGGCCUUGAAAUCCAGCCUCCACCCUGCGCUCUCCUCCAGUUCAGAGAGGAGCUGGAGACGCACCGAGCACAGGAGCUCUGCUGCUUUUAACUUUCGGGGUCCGACUCUCCAAAGACUAAGAAAAAAAAGAAAGAAAAGAAAAAAAAAGAAAGAAGAGAGAAAGAGAGAGAAGAGAAGAAAAUAUAUAACAAAUAUCCCAGAUCAGUCUCUCCUCCUGGAUGAACGAGACGAUCAGAGGCAGGAAAAGUGAUGGUCCGGACGCGCUGGCGCAGGCUGCUUUUCUAAAAGUUCUCACCUUUCAGGCACAGGUUCGGAAGAGCGCGCCCAGACGAGCUCGGAGUCCCGGAGAUUUGAUCCCGAGUCCUCCCAGCUCCAGGAGCCCUGUCCCGGCCGCAGCCACGCCACCUCUAACCCCCGGACACCCAGCACCAUUCAGCGCGAAGCUCUCUCACCAGAUCUAUGGCAUUCUGACAAUGAGCAGGCGCACUCAGUUAUUGGAACAGCUGCAGUUUGUCCAGUUGAAAUGCACACCUCGAGACAUGCCCUGUGUGCAGGCUCAGUAUGGGCCCGCCCCUCUAGGCUCAGCUUACUCUGGCCAGUCCUUCAGUUACCAGAGCGACAGCUACAGCUCUGACCUCAUGACCCCGGACUACACCAAGCUGGACCUGGGCGGGGGCGAGAUCUCAGAUGCCGCCGCCACCACCUCCCUCCCCAGCUUCAACGUCUUCGUGGAAGGGAGCUACGAGCCCAAGUCCUCCUGCCUCUUCCAGAUGCCCCCGCACCGGCCCGCCAUCAAAAAAGAGGAGGAAAGUUACCCAACCACCCCGCCGCUGGACACCAUUUCCUCCUCCUCCAUGUACUUUAAGCAGUCGCCCUCCUCCCCUCCCAACACCCCGUCCCUGCCCCCCCAGCAUGGCACCUCUUUCCUCUGGGACGAGCACUCGUUGGCCCCCCCGUCGCACCCCCAUUCCCUGGGCUCGGGCCUGGAAACGGGCGCCCUCAAAUCCCCGCGCUUUCAGCACUUUUACCAGCACUCCCCGCCCCACAGCGGCGGGAGUGUCGGCGGCUACGAGAGCCUGGGGGGAGGGAUGGUCCGCACCCCUUCGUCCUCCUCGUCCUCGCCGUCCGUGUCCCACCCUCAUGGCCCGCCUCUGGAGCAGCCCAUGUACCAGCUGCAUCGCGGGGCCGCGGGCGGCAGCCUCGCCUUCCGCUCCCUGGCUCUGGGGCCCUGCGGUCCGCUCCUGGGAGACAGCUUGCCUUCGCCGCCCCCUCGCGGACCCCAAGGAGAAGGAACCUGUGCGGUGUGUGGGGACAACGCAGCCUGCCAGCACUACGGCGUACGCACCUGUGAGGGCUGCAAGGGCUUCUUCAAGCGCACCGUGCAGAAAAAUGCCAAGUACGUGUGCCUGGCCAGCAAGAACUGUCCCGUGGACAAGAGGAGACGCAACCGCUGCCAGUACUGCCGCUUCCAGAAGUGCCUGAGUGUGGGCAUGGUGAAGGAAGUGGUGCGUACAGAUAGCCUGAAGGGUCGCAGGGGCCGCCUGCCCUCCAAACCAAAGAGCCCCCUGCAGACAGAGGCAUCUCCCCCCUCUCCACCCCUCAGUUUGCUCUCUGCUCUCCUCAGGGCUUAUUCCCACUGCACACCCCGAGAGCUUGACUACAGCCAGUUCAGCGCCGCCGACCCCCCCUCCUCCUCCUCCGACGCAGAGCACAUCCAGCUCUUCUACAGACUCCUCACCGUCUCGAUGGAGACCACAAAGUGCUGGGCCGACCGGCUGCCCGGCUUCUCCGAGCUUCAGCGCGACGACCAGAACUUGCUCAUCGACUCGGCCUUCUUGGAGCUGUUCGUCCUGCGGUUGGCUCACAG